CAUACGAUUAAUGUGCGUUAGAAAAAAAAAAAACAAACAAAACUCAGCAGCUGAGUUACUUAAAUUCAAUAAACAAUAAUUGUUGUUUAUUUAAAGAAUAUUGUUCGUUCAAAUUGCGAAGAAAAUAUCAGUAAAUUUUCGGCUGCUAUUGUGGGUGUGUUUGGAAACAGCGUCUCUAGCUAAAAAAGGACGUGAAGUGAAUUUGAGUUUAAUACGCAAAAUAUCAACAAACGAGAGGGGCAAACGCGUACAACAACAGCAACAAAUAACUGUAACACCCAAAACUACUGUAGCGGAGUGGGGUGUGGAGCAACACAAUGGUGGAACCAAUCUUUGAUUAUCAAUUCCGUUUAAUUCUCAUCGGCGACAGCACAGUGGGCAAAAGUUCACUUCUAAAAUUCUUUACAGAUGGAAAAUUCGCCGAGCUUUCGGAUCCCACAGUGGGCGUUGACUUCUUUGCACGCCUCAUCGAGAUGAAGGACGGCACACAGAUCAAACUGCAGCUGUGGGACACGGCUGGGCAGGAGCGCUUCCGUUCCAUAACCAAAUCCUAUUACCGCAACUCAGUUGGUGUGCUACUCGUGUACGAUAUAUCGAAUCACGCCAGCUUCGAGCACAUACCGCUCUGGAUGAUGGAGGCGCAGCGCCACAUCGAACCGCAUCGUCCCGUCUUUGCGCUCGUAGGCUGCAAGCUGGAUCUGGUGAAUGCGGGAGGACACCGUGAGGUUACCACCGAGGAGGCGCAAACGUUUGCCAAACAGCACGGAUUGCAUUUUGUAGAGACUUCGGCGCGCACCGGCGCCAAUGUCGAGGAGGCAUUUCGCAUGGUCACACAGGAGGUCUAUGCCCGCAUACGAUCCGGCGAAUACAAGGCCGAAGAUGGCUGGGAUGGCAUCAAAUCCGGCUUUGCGCGGCCAAACAGUUUGGAUUUCAAUCUGGUUGUGGCCGAGCCAGAGAAAUCUUCUUGCUGUUGAUUCAACUAAAACUCUUCAUUUGUUUUGUUUUUGUUUAGAGUUUCUACUCAUAUACGUAUAUAUUUAUAUUAAUAUAUAUAGACUAUAUAUACCAUUUUUUUUAAAUAUUUAAAUUUAAAUUUGAUUUUUGAAUGGAACGCGCAUUAUGCUGAUCUUUGUUCACAUAUGGCGGUCUAUAACAUUUUUGUUAACUCGUUUUUAAUAGCGCACCAAAAAUGAAAAGAAAAAAAAUUAAAGAGUAGUCGAAAUAAGAGAUUGCAAACAUUGUACACUAUUGUACACGAAUAUAUAUGAUAUGUAUGAAUAUAUAUGUAUGUAUGUAUGUAUACACUAUAUAUGCAUUGCAGCUACUUUUUAGUUAUGUUUUUAAGUUAAUUCGUAUAAUUUUAUAUUGCCAAUUUGGCCAAUUAGAUAAAUCAUGGUUUAAGGAAAAUUAUGUUUAUUGUCUUUCAUCCUCAAAACCAAAACUAAACAAGAAUGAGAAAAAUAAGCCAAUUGUCGCCCACAAAACUCCUCUCUGAUUAAUAACGAAACUAAGAACUUUUUCAGCUUUAUACGUAGCAGAGUUUUGUGCUCUACUAAUUAACUUAUACAAAUUGAAAUUGAAAAUAUAAACGUUUUUAUUGAUUAAAAGUGAA